AUGAUCGAGGCCAUGUCCUCCGAACGAACGCCGAAGAAACCCGCAAUCUUACGCCGUGUCUCGUCGAAGCCACACAGGGGCCAGGAGUUUUCUGUUGAUGACGAUGUGAGUGAGGUGGAAGACAAGACCUUGAGGCAGCCGGCUCUCUCUGGUAGAUCUACGGCUCGACAGCACUCGUCCAUUCGACGUCGAAACGUCAUGCCGUCGACAGUGCUCACUCGAGUUGAUUCCGAGGACGAACGUCAAGAUGGUCCAACUGUGAGCGGAAGCCAGGCUAGCGAGAACGAAGAGAACAACAUUGAUGAUAUCGGUGAAAUGGCCGAUGAUGAUGGUGUCGUUGAUGAUGAUGAUGCUAGCGACGCCGAAAGCUUUACUCUCAAAGACAGGCAACAAGCCAUAAACGAGACUCACCCGUUUGGUAUCAGAAUCUGGAAGCCAGCCUUAUACAAGAAACUUCGGUCUGUUGAGAAAACUGCUGAAGGAGAUAUUCAUUCAGUACCUGGACAGCGUGUCAGCCCCUGGCUUUUUCUAGCCAACAUUUUGUGGACGGUGGUCUUUGGCUGGUGGCUCGCUCUGGCGGCGUUGAUCGGUGCCAUUGCUUGUUUUGCCAUCGGGUUCUCCCCAGACUCCUCAGCAUAUGGUAGGGUGUUUUGGGGCCUCUCUGGCUAUCUGCUAUACCCCUUUGGUGCCAUGGUUCGUCUGAAGCCCGACGAGAAUUAUGCCGAAGAAGACGAAGGCGAAGGGAGAAGCAUCAGCGAGUACGAGCAAUGGCAGAGCGGUGACAUUGAACGGGGGGGCCUGUUUUUUGGUCCGAUUGCGAAUGCUCGCUCGCUGGUAGGACGACGGAGAAAUAGUAUGGACUCUGCCAGUGAGCGAGACAGCCUGCUUGGUAGGACUGGACGCCACCACUCUGAUGAUAGCGAAACAGCUAGGACCAAACGCCGCCUCUUUGGACGCGGCGAAUGGACCACUGGCCGGGUCAUGUUUUACAUCUUCUUCUACCUUCUAGUCGGCCCGCUGCUACUCUCAGUCUCCCUCAUAUGCUGGAUCCUCGUGUUCUGGAUACCCAUGGGCCGCGUUACGAUCAUCCUGUUUCAUCAUCUUCGUCGACAUCCCCUUGCCCUAUCCUUUCACUCAGAUAGCACAUACACCAGGCUACAGUCAGGCCCUUCAUCCUCAAUUCUCCUUUGUACUUACCGUGCAGCCGGCUUAAAAUAUUGGAAAUACACUGUUGAUGGAACCAACAUCUUCCUUAUUAACUUACUGGCUGUCGUCUCUUUCGUCAUCUUUGAUUUCCACGUCUUGCGAAAGAUCUUUCCCACUGAUAAUUUUAUCACACAUCCUGGCCUGAUAUUUGUGCUCGCUCUGAUCGCUGUGACGCCGCUUGCCUAUUUCAUCGGGCAAGCCGUUGCCUCCAUAUCUGCCCAGUCUUCCAUGGGGCUGGGUGCGGCCAUCAAUGCCUUCUUCUCUACCUUGGUAGAGGUAUACCUUUACUGCAUUGCAUUAUCCCAAGGUAAAGCCCAGCUCGUGGAAGGGAGCAUUAUUGGCAGUAUAUUCGCCGGUAUCCUGUUUUUGCCUGGGAUAUCGAUGUGUUUCGGAGCCAUCAUCCGCAAGACUCAGAGGUUUAACGUCAAGUCAGCCGGUGUGACGUCAACAAUGCUCUUAUUUGCCGUUAUUGCGGCCUUUGGCCCGACUCUCUUUUAUCAAAUCUAUGGCAGAGUCCCGGCUGUCGAUGAUGAUUUUUUCAUGAAGGCAGUACAGCCAUACUCCUACUUUGCUGCUGUUCUACUCUUUCUGUCCUACAUCAUUGGUCUUUGGUUUACUCUUCGGACUCACGCUGCCAUCAUUUGGUCCACUGACGUUGAGGAGAAAAGGCCGCAUUCUGAUGCCCAUAGAUCUGUCUCUCACUCACAUAUUGAUCAUGCGCAUGGCAGUACCAGCCUCAAGGGUUCCAUACGAGACUCGCAGCUAUACGCUCGAAUUCUUGGACAAUCUCUCAAGCAUGUAGGUUUAACUCCAAGCUCUGAACAGUCGACUGCCGCAAUUAGUCCCAAUGAGGCGGCAACUGUGCACGUUGUACCCCCCAAGGACAAGAAUAAGUACCAAGGUCCCUACAAUAUGAAGAUUCCCUCCCUCACUGCAGAAGAAAAUGAUCAACUGGUCCGACAGGUCACCGAAGUGGCGGCAACCGCGGCCACAGUUGCUGCCCGAGAUGCCGCCGGCCCAAGGCAUGUAUCAGGCACACCUGGGGUUAAGACCCCGGUAGGAACCACUGGGACUCCCGCAAUUGGCCACUCUGAGGAGGCAGGGGUAUUUACAGAACCUCACACCGAGUCACAUGGACACGAUGCUCCAAAUUGGGGCAAGACAAAAAGUUUUGUUAUAUUACUAGGCGCAACAUUGCUGUAUGCAGUGAUUGCCGAGAUCCUAGUGAAUACGGUUGAUGUAGUGCUACAAAGCUAUGAUAUUGAUGAGAAGUUCCUUGGAAUUACCCUAUUUUCAUUGGUUCCCAACACUACUGAGUUUUUGAACGCCAUUUCUUUCGCAAUGAACGGGAACAUAGCGCUGUCCAUGGAGAUCGGCUCUGCGUAUGCACUCCAGGUGUGCCUGCUGCAAAUUCCGGCCUUGGUACUAUUCAGUGCCGUGCAUACCUCGAUAUUUAACCCUUCUGACCUUCUGGAGCAUUCAUUCAACUUGAUAUUCCCGCAGUGGGACAUGAUCACCGUCAUCCUGUGUGUGUUCCUCCUAUCAUAUGUUUAUGGUGAAGGGAAGAGCAACUACUUCAAAGGCUCGAUUCUGCUUCUUACAUAUAUCUUCGUCGUUAUGGGCUUUUACCUGUCCAGUCUCAGCACGAUGGGUGUCCAGCAGCUUCAGUCAACUUCUCUCGGCGUUGCUAGGAACGAUGACGGCUCAUUCCAAGUCAGUGGUUAG